GCGGCCGUGCCCAGCAGAGUGUACUCGAACGGCGACCCGCGUGCGAUUCUUUUGCCCGAAAUAUUAUUACAUCGAGUAGAGAUCCUCAGCACCUUCGACAUCUACCGCGUGUUACUUGUCUGCGCGAGUGUUGCGCGUGAACGUUCCAGGAAGAUACGAAACGUUACGAUAUGUCGGCCAAGACGAUGGUCUACGCGUUUGCCGUCGUAGCAUUGGCCGCGGUCUGGUCGGCCGCGGCUCUGCCACUGGUCGUCGACGAUGUCACGUCGCCGGCCACCGUGAAGUCAAAUGUCGACGUUGAGGCCUCGUUGGGGAAGGUGGUUCAGAAGCAGGAGUCCGAACAGCAGCAGACGGAGGGCACGGACGCGUCGGUUCUGCAAACGGACGUGACCGCGUCGUUCCCGGACGUGCAGCAGUCCAGUCAAACGGAAGAAGUGACGGUUGGAUCGGCAGUUCCAGUGGUCGGAACCGACCCGGCCUCACCGGAAGUCUCAAACUCGAAGGCCGAAUCCGACGUUCCCACCACGGCCACCGACGUUGAACGAACGGACAGCGUCGCAGGAACCAACUCGCCCAGUCCCGUCGCCGAAACCAACUCGCCCAUCCCGUACCCAUCCAGCUCCGAUGCCAAACCCAACCCGUCUGUCCCCGUCCACGGCCAAACGCCCAAACCGUUCUACAUGGGUGACGUGCAGACCGUGAAACUAGGACCUAACAUGCCGUUCUUUUUGGAAUUUUUCCAGCCUUUCCAGUCUUUCCAGCCUUUCCAGCCAUUCCAGCCUAUGGUUCCCAACCGUGAGCAACAACCGUUCAGACACCAACCGAUACCGUUCGGCACCCCCAUCGACCCAUUCGCCAACCCCAUGAACGCCCAACCUUUCAACCAGAUGGUUGAAGCGUACACCAACGAGUUUAGAACGCCCGGAGUCAUAAUAUUAAAACCGAAAAGAAACGUCCGAGUUAAUACAACCACAAUGCCACCCAUUCCGUUGUUAAUGAACAUCAUGCUUAACGCUUUUCGGCAUCACGAGCCGUCAGGUAUGUUGGAAUCUUUCGACAAAAUGGGCCUGCCACCAAUUGAAAGUGUUGGCAUCAAACAAGAAGGUUCGAACAAGCCCGUGAGGAAGACUACGUCCAAAACCGAGAUCAUUGACGGACACAGAGUCCAAAUAAACGAAACGACGGUCAGCGACGGAGACGAAAACCACAAGAGUUUCUACCAUUUCAAAGAGAUCCAGGUGAUGCCCGAAGAGGUCAACAAAGAAAUCUUAACCGAAGGGAUCAACAAAGAAAUCACAACCGAAAAACAGAUAUCGAUAACUGACGACGAUUUGGAGACGCAAAAAGUGGAGACAAACGAAAUCAAACCGUACGCCAUCAUGAAGAAUCAAGACAACCGGACGAACUUUGUUAAAAAGACACCGGCCGGACCCGUCCCGCUGGACGAUCAAUUCCAGACUGCCGCGGCCAGCUACUACGCUCCUUACGCUCCGAUGUUCCGGUCGCAUCAACAGCCACCAACCGGCCAUUUGCAGCAGAAGCAGUACCAUGGAUCGUAUAUGACGCCGAAUCAGGGCUUUUACCCGGCACCAGUCCAAGGUUAUUACCCGGCGGCACCUAUCCAAGGUUAUUACCCGGCACCUAACCAAGGUUAUCACCCGGCACCUAACCAAGGUUAUCACCCGGCACCUAACCAAGGUUAUCACCCGGCACCGAACCGAGUACCGCAUCCAGCCCAGAACCUCGAAUCGCGUCCGCAUCAACAGCCAAUCAGCUUGGAAAGCGACAUUCUGGUCAACGAGCUGGUCGCGGCCCAACAGCAAGCGACCGGCGGCACGGUGUUGCCGCCCAACGUGGAGUUUGUGGACGUGAACGGCAAACCGCAACCCAGCGGCGAGUAUCAUCACUACUACAACAGCCAACAACACCACCACAACAACAACAACAACAACAACAACAACAACAACAACAUCAACGACAGCGGAAAUCGCGGUCAUGACAAGUUUCCCGGCCGUAAGUACUGACCAAUCUAACCGCGGUCGGUGCGCGUUAUGACUUUAUGAUUUAGGAUAUACAAUUAUAAUUUAUAAUAUCAAAUUAAUACGUAGGUAUACUAAUAGCAUGUGUGUAGUAUACUCUGCAGCAGGUAAAUACCGGGACCGCUGUAUCGAACCGUUUUAUCGUUAACAUGCCCAAUAUUAUCAUACUCGGUACCUGCCUAUGUAUAUCAUAGGUAUAACAUAUUAUGUCCGCGUCAAGUGUAUUCCGUAUUAUGCGAAGUCUUUGUCAUUAUCCGGUCAUUUAAUUAAUAUUUAUGUAUUAAGAAUAUUGUUUUUGAUUUGUUUGUAUAUAAAUAUGCUUCAUUUUAAGUACUUAUAUUAUAAUAUUACAAGGUGUGUCUUUUUGCGUAUCCACCCCCUAGAGAGACCAUCGAGCGUCGUUGAGGUCGCUCCUCUCUCUCACUCUUAUAUUUGUAAUAUCCGUGUAACGGCGGCUUAUUAUUCCAACGCAUAAAUAAUAAAUAACCUCAUUGCCCUCGCAAUACACACAUUUAAUUCAUGAAUAUAUUAUUUUCACGAACUAACGGAAAUUUGCCCCACGUGGAAACGAAAAUAUACCAAUUAACUAUUGUAUUAAAACAAUUAUUUUAACCAAUAUUUGUCUACACUAGGUUUUUCAAAAAGUAUGAUUUUGCUAUGUGGUUGAUCCAAUGUUUGGCGUUGCUUUUGAUUCGUAUUAAUUAUUAACUUAUUGUUAUGUGAUUAUUUAAUAACUGCAUUAUACCUAAUAUGUAUAUUAUGUUUCUACAAUAAAUCGUAAUGAUACCAAAGUUAAAAUAUGAUAUUAUCUUAUGUUAUUUUUAUAAUAUGUCUUUAUUUGUUUACUAUUUUUAUAUUAAGGCUUGAUAAAAUAUAUUAUGCAUUUUUAUACUUUGCCUGAUUAUAAAUUA